GACACGUGCUGAGCGCAUUUGGUUUAUUAUUGCUGAACAGCUGUUCUUUAGUUGUUGGUUGCAUGUUAUCAAAAUACAGCAUUAGUUUAAAUAGUAAGCUCAUUUUUACACGAUUUAAUUGACUUUGUGUGUAUGGUUCCGUAAAAACGUGUGAAUAAAAAUAGCUAAACAACGUAUGGUGAACUCUCUGAUGAGAAAUAGUAAAAUGUGCGAAGAAGCUUCCUAUAAUCUCAGAUAUACCGAAACGUAUGCAAUUUUGACGAUUACUACACCAAAUAUUGAUGUGGAACAUGAAGAUUCAAUCAAUCUCGAAGUGCAUGAUAAAGAGCUUGUGUUUACCGCGCCACCAUAUCAUUUAAGAAUACCGUCGGAUAAACAUCUCCAACAAACAAACGUCUAUCCAGAAAAAAUAGAAUAUGAUAAAGCUUCAAUCAUUUAUCAUGUCCCACUGCAGACGGACAAAAACGGAGACGCAGAAUCAGCCCAACACUGUUUCAAAUAUGGAUUUGGUGAUUUUUACAGUUCUGUACUGAACAUCCAAAACAAUCAGGAUUUCAAAACCUUAACAAAUCCUGAAAAAAGUUCAAACGAUGAAAGAAGAGCUAAACGGCUCAACGAUGAGCAGACAGAUUUUAACCCAGAACAUUACGGCAUGGACUAUGUCCAAUACGUAAUUGAUGGGUUUGGAUUGGAAUCGUCUAUUAUUCCUUCGGAAGUACAACUAACAGAAGAUCAAAAGUAUCGUAUCAGACUGAUCACGGAGGAUAAGACUCACAAAUUAGAGGAAUACCUUAAUUUACGUCAAAAUUUUUCCACCCUUGCCGGCCUAGUAGACAUCCUAUUAGCAGUACUUUAUGACAAACUGAUCAAUCACAACGAACUUAACGAAGCAAUUUCACAUUUCAACAUUCAUCGAAUAUCAGCUACUUUGUCGUAUUUCGAAAAAUUCGAUUCAAUUCAAGAAGUAUUGCUUGCUUUUUACCGGAGAUGCUGCAUUUAUCCUCUGUACAGAAGUAAAAAUCUAGCUCAGACCUGUGCCGCCUUAUUGCAAGAUGCUUUGAUGCAGGAAGAUUUCAACAACUGGAUCUUGGAAAAACUCAUGUAUUGCUACGAAGCCUUCAAAACUCACGACACUGUUGUACUUAACUAUUACUACAUCAAAGAUUACGUGAAACUCGUUCAGUCGUGUUCCGUCUGUGAUCCUUUACGAGAAAUUGGAAAAGACAUUGAGAUGCUAUCAUCAUCAAUCUGUGACGGUUAUUUGGGACUGGAAAAAAUGUCAAUCGCGUUCAAAAUGGUUAAAUCAAUAAUGGAAGAAGAAGAUGAAUCUACUGACUCCGACGAUACGGUUAGUUCAGGCGAGUCUGAUGAAACCGAAUCUGACUACAGUGGCACAACAACCAGUGAUGACGAAGUGAUUCAUUAUCAACCAGAGGAAAGUGUACUUGAAAAGUUGAAAAAUCUGAAAUUACAAUCCUGAUAAAACGAAA